GCCGCUCUGGCCGGAGGCGCCAGCGGCCGCCUCCGCCUGCGGCCGCAGCCGCGCGAGAUGGGCUGCGCCAGGCGCGGCCUCGGCCGCGGGCGCCUGGCCCUCGCGUCCUGCGGGCUGGCGGCGUGGCUGUGGUCCGGCGCUCCCGCGGGCGCUUUCGCGCCCCUCGCGGGGCCGCGCGCCCCCGCGGGCGCGCACGCCGAGCGGGUCACGGUGCACGCCGCGAAGAAGGCGGCGGCGAAGCAGCCGAUCGAGGCGGGCGACACGGUGUACAUCAGGGUGCACACCGGCAGUAAGGACAAGGAUCACGCCCUGACCAUCGAGAAGAAGGGCGGGGGCACGAUCGAGAGCGGCGACCAGGGGGAGUACCUCGACGGGAACCCGCUCGACAGGGCUCCCGACGGGGAGGUGAAAUCGCGCUGGCGCGAUGAGGGCGAGUGGCAGGUCUUGACCAUCGAGAAGUGA